UCGGUGAAUUCUGUCAUUGUUAAAAAUGGCGAAAGGAUUUGUUGUUUCGGUGGUUUUGUUGGCUUUUUAUGAGGUUAUAACGGCUUCGGUAACCUCUUCAGAAUCCCAAAUACUAUCGAUGAUUAAAGAUCUGCAGCAGAGAGUAACCAUACAAGAGAAAGCGAUCCAUUCACUCCGAAGUCACAUUGCGAAGCAAGAUGAUGUAAUUAGUUCUCUCCAAGAACAAGAACAACGACAAAAUGACCUGAUAAGCACUCUACAGAAGCAGUUGCAAUUACAUGACGAACAUUUCUCAAAUUCGUCAGACAUCAACAUUGCCGUAGUCAACAAACUCUGCGAGAAGUCACAGUUACAAAAGGAGCAUAUCACAAAGCAACAUGGCCAAGCUAAAAUGAUCCGUGAUCAGGAACAGCAGUCAGACCAUCUAGGAAAGACACAAUCAAAAAGACAUGUCGUGGAUGAGGAGGAGCCUGUUGCUUUUCAAGCAGUAGUCAGCGCAGAUACUAUCGAACAUAUUCAAAUUCACGAGAAGAUAGUAUUCGAUUCUGUCCGCCUUAACCUAGACAGGGAUUACAACAGUGUCAAUGGUGUCUUCGUCGCACCAAGGCCGGGAAUCUACUUAUUUUCUACUUCGGUUCUAACUGAGCCCAACUGUAGUCUCGAUGUGAACAUUGUUAAAAAUGGCACUCCGCUUGCUGGGGCAUUUGCUAACACUGAAGGGAAGUUAUGGUACGACCAAGGAUCGGUCACAGUUGCUGCAGAACUUAAUGCCGGCGACGAGGUGUGGGUUGAGAAUACCUGGCCUGCUGACGCAAAAGUACGUGGUCAUGGCAGUCACACAAGCUUUUCUGGUGUUCUUGUAAUGGGCAUGUAAACCAAUAAAAAGCUGUAAUACAAAAAAGCUUCAACUAA